UGCAUCUGAGUCUGUUGCGCUUCCGCGUGCGCUCAACAGGAGAAAAGGCACAAUUACAAAGCUUCAAAACUUAAAAGCGAUUUAGAAAUCGAUAGUGGGUCGAUCUAUAUCUGCUCAUAAGGGACCAUGUUACCAUUUCUUGCUUGAGGAAAAGACUCUUGGACGAGUUUGGCACGGUGUACAUCACGCGCAUCUCCUGAACGCUGAUUUUCUUUACAUAAUUUAUUUCACACAAUUUGGAAACGUUUUUUGCCAUGGCAGCGGCACAGAACGGAUCUAACCUAACUGGGAACUUGACCAACCAGUUCGUGCAGCCGCCGUGGCGCGUCGCGCUCUGGUCCGUCGCGUACAGCUCCAUCCUCGCCGUCGCGGUGUUUGGGAAUCUCAUUGUGAUGUGGAUCAUUCUGGCGCACAAGCGAAUGCGUACCGUCACCAAUUACUUUCUGCUCAACCUGGCGUUUUCGGACGCGUCGAUGGCAGCUUUCAACACUUUGAUCAAUUUCGUUUAUGCCACGCACGGAGAUUGGUACUUUGGAGAAUCCUACUGCAAAUUUCACAACUUUUUCCCCGUCACGUCUGUCUUCGCCAGCAUUUACUCUAUGAGCGCGAUAGCGGUUGACAGGUAUAUGGCCAUUAUCCAUCCUCUGAAAUCACGUCUCUCUGCCACCGCCACUAAGGUGGUCAUUGUGUGCAUCUGGGUGCUGGCUGUGGUUUUGGCCUUUCCUCUCUGUUUCUUUUCAACCAUCAAGAAAUUACCCAAGCGGACCCUUUGCUAUGUUGCCUGGCCCAGACCUGCAGAGGAUCCUUUCAUGUAUCACGUCAUAGUGGCAGUGCUGGUGUAUAUUCUGCCCCUGGUGGUGAUGGGUAUCACCUACACUAUUGUUGGCUUGACACUGUGGGGAGGAGAGAUUCCUGGUGACUCAUCCGAUAACUACCAGGGCCAACUGAGAGCCAAAAGAAAGGUAGUAAAAAUGAUGAUCAUAGUAGUUCUGACGUUCGCUAUCUGCUGGCUCCCAUACCACAUAUAUUUCCUUGUUACCGGCUUGAACAAGCAACUGGUCCGAUGGAAGUUCAUUCAACAGAUCUACUUGGCAGUCAUGUGGCUUGCAAUGAGCUCCACCAUGUACAAUCCCAUUAUCUACUGCUGCCUGAACAGCAGGUUCAGGGCCGGCUUUAAGCGGGUGUUUCGCUGGUGUCCGUUCGUGAAGGUGUCCGAUUAUGAUGAACUCGAGCUCAGGGCCAUGCGAAUCAAAGUGGCCCGCCAGAGCAGCAUGUACACAAUGUCGCGAAUGGAGACGAGCGUCGUUGCAGUGUGUGACCCCUCGGACCCCUCCACCCACCCGGCGAGGAAGAGCCUUCACAACCAUCAGCACAACGGCUCCUCCAAGUCUGCCCAGAAGGAGGAGUUCUGCUGAGAUGGACUUUGAUGUGAGAUUCAUACUGAAGUAUCAACCAAGUCUGGUGAAUAAGAAGAAAAGCAUGAUUUUUCUCAUUUGCCACUGUCAUCAUAUUAAUAGAAAAUGAAGCAUGGAAACAUUUCAUAAAGAUGUCUGGUGUGCUUUGGUGAAUUUGUUGCCUGUAAAGAAAAAAGGGACUUGAGGAACCACCACCAGCCCUCAUCAUCUCAAAGACCAACAUAUAGCCCUGCAUCAAGGGAGCACUUUGUCUAUUCCAGAAAGCAAAGGUUUCCCUUUGAUGCCAAUCAGGUACCUACUUCUCUUACAUCGUACGUGAGCGAGCCAAAGGUUUCAAUUCUCCCAAAGGCCGAACGUUCUGUUCUUGUUAAUUUAUCUCAUGAUGUUUAACCGGUUCAGGGUGACCUCACAUCAUAAGCAGAAAUAUUAGUAGGUUUGCAUCUCCAGCACACCGGCAGCUACUAUGUGGCUGAAUCAUGGAGAGAAAUUUUAAACAUGUUUCAUUGAUGAGAAUCAAAGUCUUGACUGAUUUUAAAUAUUUUAAAUGAAAGAACAUUUGACCAUUCAACAAAUAGUAGGACAAAGGCGGUGUUUUAUACUACACCCUCAGUUUCAUAGGUACACCUUUGACGUUUAUAACAAACCAAACCGUUUGAAAAUCGAUAGAAAAUUAAGCAAGUUAUGGUAAUUUAAAGUACGUGUACCAUUAAAACUUAAUGGAACGAAUGAGCGAGCUGCCUGUGGUAAGAUGGCCGCCAAAUGCGCACGUUCCACUUAAUUGGCCAGCAGCGCGGGGGAGACAUCUAGCCAUGCUUAUGGUUUUGAUUCUCUUGUCAAUGUGAUGUCACACUGAUAAAACCCCACCCACAGACUCUGACUGAGAGUUGUGCAUUACCAUAAUUUCCACCCUCAGAUAUUUGUACGCUGUCCACUGUAUCUCAAUAGUGAAAUACUAUUGCCUCAGACUUAUAUUACAUCUUUUAUGGGCAUAAUAGGGGAGUGCUUUAAAUAAAGAAAAGCAGCCAUGUAUGUUAUUUCCUUGUUCUAAUUAAUUUAGUAUUUUUUUAAAUGUGAGUUUAGAAGAAAAUAUAAUGUAAUAUAAUAUAUAAAUACUGUAUAUAUAAUAUUUAAAUAUGUACCUUAAAAACCUGGCAACAAGACCAUUACUGCAGUAAAAACAAAUAUUAUUGAUCUUUAGUGAAAACAUGCACCAAUAUUAUGAAUUAUUGAUUGUAUUCUAUUCACAUAUUCACUUUACAUAUUGCAUUUUUUUUAAUAAGACAGCACUAUAAGGUGAAAGAUUAAAAAACUCUGUCUGAAUUGGAGAAAAGGCAUAUUCACACCUGGAUAAAACCUUAGAUGACCUCAUAAUGAUGCGUGUCCCAUCAUUUUCAUUUUCAAAUGGUUUUUUAAUCACCAGGGAAUCAUUGGUUCUCAAAGUCACUGAUCUAGCAAGGAAAUCUGCCACAGGAGUUCGAAAUCUGUGUCUGCUGAAUCACGUGUGUGCACCUUUGGCAUUUAUAUUCAUAUGCUGUUGACAGUAAUGCUGUUCAGACCAAAGCUGCUUUCUCAAAACUUCAAAAUGGUUAAGCCUGUCACAAAUUCAGGACAGCGAUGGGUUUUUCAAAAUAAACACGCGGAUAUACGCAAUGCGAUGUCGUCUCUAUGGGCUUGUACGUUUUAGAGCCACAUUGAUUGACAGCCUGAGAAGCGACAUGUUUACAUCCCUGUGCACAAGCCACAAUAUACAGCACACACACACUGAAAUAUGACCCACACAUAGACAAAAAUGCACACCAUAGUUAACGGUUUAUUACACAGAGUUGCAAAUAUGCUGCCUGUUGACACUAUUUUUAGAGAUUUUUUCCUCGAUUUCCUUCAUUUUACUUCUUUUACAUGCAAUGUGCAGUAAUUCAACACGUCAAGGCUGACUGUUCACAACCUUGAACUGUGAGAAACACAUCUGGAGACUUUGCUGUGUUCACCAUCACUACUCCACGAAUUGAAAGUUUAAUCAAUUUUUCCAGGUGUGAAAAACCAGCUGUGACCCCCCAAAAAAUAGAUUCAAUGUUCAUGUACAUUUACACACAGACAUACACACAAAUACACACAUACAAUCGCCAUUUGCUUGACAAGACUUAUCAUAUUUGUGUUGUUCCUUUUAUAGUUCAUGUGUAACUAUGUUUUUACAAGCAUGUAUAACUGAUGUUUUGUGUAAAGGACAAACUUACCUACUGUAUAGUGAAUGUGCUCAGACAAUUUGAAAGUAUUGAACAUGAAUGUAGCUGGCAAGUGUAUAAACUUUUAUUUUUAAUUUUAUUUUAUUGGACAAACACAGAAAAGGAUGAGAUGUUGAAGGUACUGUACCACUUAAAGGAAAACACCACCAUUU